CAAUUUUUCGAUACGAACGCAUCGCUCAACGAUCUUGAAACUCGUGUCGUAGAAAUAGUAACUACGUUAAUUAGGAAGUUUGAAUUUCAGUCUCGUCUCGGAUAAAUACUGACUGGAUUACUAUAACACUAAAUAGUGGUGUAAUAAAAAGAAGACAAGUGACGGUUGCUUGAGCUGCUUAAUCAUAAUCAUGACUCUCUGGUACUUCGUCAAUACGAUCCUUUCCCUUCUAUGCGUUAUUUUGAUUGUGCUAUUCAUAAUUUCACCUGCACCGCUGAAAAAAUCGAUGGAACAGUACAUUUUGGCUGGCGAGAGUGAUCCGGCAACAAACACUAAAGUGGAGGACUUGUACACGUUGUAUUCGAGACCAAAUAAUAAGAAACUCUUCGUUUGGUUUCAAGGUGGCGCAUUUCUCUUGAACAACCGUAAGACAUCAUACGGCAUACUCAAUGCUCUCAAUGACGCGCUCAUCGAGUUUGACAUUCUCGUAUUUGACUACCCGCUUCGUUUUUCAUACAGUGUGCAUGAUGCAAUGCUUGCAACGAACAAGAUACUCGACCAAUUCCAUGGGUACAAUGAGUAUUAUGCUGCAGGUUAUUCAGCCGGGGCGUUGCUGAUGGGUGCGUUUAUGCAGAAGGAACUUAACAAGGAGAUCGCUCGAAAAAUGGACGUACCCGUCAUCGGCAUACAGUUCAAAGCGAUCAUUGGUAUAUGCGGUCUGUACCAGACGGAAUUCGAUAGUACUCUCCUCACAUCAUUAUUCCAAUUUUACAUCAUGCGCGGCACACCGAAUAAAAAACUAUACUCGUGCUACGGAUUGAGUGUACCUACAUUGGUGAUCGGUGCGACCGCAGAAUUUCUAUACACGCAAACUAAGAAAUUUACCAAGUCAACAGGGUGCAAGUUGAAAGUUUUUCAAGAUACUUCGUUGCCUCACGAGUUUCCAUUGAUGCUGGAGUUUCCCGAGACUAAAGAGUCCGUAGAAUCUAUGAUCGAAUUUCUUCGAGCUAAUUAAGUGAAAUAACCGCGUAUGUCAGCGUUAAUCUUCAUUUUUUU